CUCUGAGCAGAGUUGAUUUAACUCUGGAGAUUUUGCUGUGUACUUAAAGUUCUGUUGUUUUGUGAUUAGUUCUACAAGAUAUGUCAUUGUAAUUAUUUUCUUUUUUAAACAUUAUAAAACUAUUUUAGGAAAGGUCCUAGUUUGUGUGGAAACAACGCAGAAAAUCAGUCUGACAAUCUGUAACUAACAUUCAAAUGGAGUAUUAUACAGUCUCAACCAAAUAUGGUGCUCGGAUUGAACUCCAGACUGAAGUAAAAGAUAAACUCUUUAAUCUUGAUGUUGUUUUGGGAAAUAUGUUUGAAGACUGGGAUACUGAUCCUCAGCUUGUCUUGGAGAAGGAAGAAGAGUUCUACAGAGGAGCCCCACCACAAUGGCUGAACUUCUACUGUGCUGAGAGAAAUCAUACACCUUUUGUUAAGAGGGACAUAUACACAAAAAUAACAAAACUUAUACAAAAGAAAAGAAAAAUAAACUGUAGCACGUCCACUAUUAAUCUCUUUCAUCAGCCAGGCAGUGGAGGUACUACACUGGCAAUGCAAGUUCUCUGGGACUUGAGGAAAGAGCUCAGAUGUGCACGAGUAAUUGAUUCAGUAUCAGAUUCAAAAGCAAUUGCGCAACAAGUAAUACAUCUGUUUAAUGGGGUUGCUUCACAAAUCCAGAACACAGUCCUACUACUUGUGGACAGAGAGACAGACACAAAUGAGGACAUGCAAUUUAUCUCUGACUUGCAAGACAAUCUGACAACAAAAAGGAGACCUCGCAAUGCUCAAAUGCUGUCUUUUUUGGCUUUGAUUAACUCAUAUGUCCCAGGUUCAUAUCUUACUGAGAACUUGUGCCUGGAAUUUGUGGAUAAGAAAAAUCACAUUUCUGGCCGUCCCACUUUGGAAAAACAAAUGGGAGCCUUUGCAGAUCUUCUGGUGAUAUAUUCAACACGUUCUGGAGGGACCAAAUAUAAGGACAGAUGUAUACGAAUGGCACAUCCGAUGAUCGCUGACAAAUGUCUACAGUUACUAACCGACGCUGGCGUAACCUUGAGUGAUACGACUAUAAAACUCAUCUCACACUUAUGCCCUCAAACAAUUCCCCCUUACUUGGUGAAAACAAUCAAACAUCUGCUUACAAAGCGAGAAAAAUAUCUGCCAAACGAUGAGAGAGAAGAAACACUUCACAAGUUCUCCAAUCUUAUCCAAGAUAUUACGGAGAAAGAAAAAAAAUCAAUGUGUGAGGGAGUGUUCAAACAUGCAGCUAAGAAGCUUCCACAGGAUCCAUUUAUUCCACAAGCUUUUGCACGUUUUUAUUACAUCAAGCAAACAGAUUAUGCAAGAGCUGAAACCUGGGCGAAAAUUGCUAUUAAGAUGGAACCAAAUAAUUCUUUUAUCAGAGACACACUUGGACAAGUCUACAAAAACCAACUGAAGAACCACAACCUUGAAAUUCUUUCUAGAAAGAUUUUACAGAUUGGAAAGCAAGCAUUUAAAGCUUUUGAAGAAGAGGCAGAGAUCGCAGAAAAGGAACUAGACCCAAAGAUGCAAGAGGACGGUGUGACACACGUCUCUGCUGUUUUUAAUUACAGAGGGCUUUUUGGCUACAUACAGGUAGCAAACACGAUGUUCUACAAGCUAAAAAACAUUAACUCAGAAUGGUCCAAAGUGCUCAGACAGGAAACACAGUCUCCCAGUUUAAUCAGCUCUGAAAAUUGCAAAAAAUACCAAUCUCUCCUCACAAGCUUAAGGCAAAGAAUUGAAGAGAAAUGCAAUUUUUUUGAGACCUUUCUAAUAUACUCAAAGCCAAACAUUGAUAAAAAUGAACCACAGUACAUUUGGACAGACACUGCCAAGUGCUACGAAAAUUAUAUAAAAGAAGAGGAACAAUUCAGCAUGUCUUUUGAAGGUCUGCUUUCCGCUUUAAGCCACAUCACAAGUGUUUCUGACCUGGAGCAAAUCACAGAACAAUGGAGAGAGAUUUAUAUGAAUUCUCAGUUUGAUAUUGAUGCUCAAAACUACAUUCUCGCCAACAUCAUGUUGAGUCAGAAGUCUGCAAACUCUGAAAUACUCAGACCAGUGCCAGAGCUCCAGGACAUAUUACAGAAACUUUGGGGGAGAGAGAACAAAAACAGAAGCCCAGAGUUUUACCUCUUGGUCCUUUUGCUGUUUUGGCAUGAUAGUGCAAAGAAAACCAGUAACACUCCCGACCUUAAAGAGUGUGUCCAAUACAUGUGUGAUUCAUAUGAAAGAACCUAUCAGAAACACCUUCGCUCUCGCUACCUUGUUCCUCUCUUCUUCCUUGGGAGCGGUGGAGGAUUGCAGAGACUUGUUCAUUCCUCUAGGAGUAACCCUGACCACUUUUCUGAUGAAAGAAAUCAGAUUGAGAUCACCCGUCUCCUCACUGAAGAGCAUGAGAAUGCUGAAAUCGAAAGUCUUCAGCGUAUUGAAGGGGAGAUUAGAAAUCAUAAGGUGUUUGCUUUUAGAGGUGGAAACCAAAUUGAAGUUUCACCCCACAAUCAGGCCAGUGUGUACAAUAAAGACCUGGUCUCCUUCUACCUUGGCUUUACCAUCAGAGGACCUGUUGCCUACAACAUCAGAUAUGUCAAGAAAUCUGCUCAGUUUGUGGACAAACACAAGGAGAAAAUCAUUCAGCAAGUCAAGAAGGUGGAUUCUAUCAUAGAUGACCUUCGCCCACUGAUUGGCACUGAGCAAUACUCAACCAUCAUAGCAGCUUCAACAAACGAAGACAAAAUGAGACAACUAUACUCUAUUAUAUCAGCAGGAUAUGAAAUGAAGGACAAAUUUUACCAGAGCCUUUUAAAGUAUGAGAAAGAACUUAUUCACCUUUGGGAAAGAGAGUUCCAGUGAGUUGUACAGCGUGUUGUAAUGGUCUAAAAGCAAUAUUUGAUAAACUUCAAACAGUGCUGCACUGUGCUCAACAAAUUAUUGACUCUUAAUACUUCUCUUUUUAGUCCUAAAAGACUUUAAGAUCAUAACUAUCAGUGUAUUCAAGUUAUAAGCAUGGGUUCCAAUUAUGGUACAUGGGUUCGAUAUUGUUAUAAUGCUCUUUGUAAUGAUUUACUGAGUACUUUCUUUCUAAUUCUAUGUACUAAGUAGCUCAUUUUUUAAAGAAAUUUCAGGAAUUGUAUAAAUCGAUCAGUUAAAAAUGUUUCAUAAACAAGUAAUUUGCUGUUGUAGUAAGACUGCAUUUAUUCCAAUAAAAGCAAU